GUUAUCUUAUAUUUGCCAAAGAUAAAACAUUAUACGCUGGUGGCCCGCCCAGUUACCUGUUGUACUCAACCAUUGUUGUCUCGACUCCAGUAAUUAGUGGUGAUCUUCCUUCAACAAAGUGUCCGGUUCUUAAACAAUAAUGGCUGGGACAGGCCGAGGCACUGGUGCUGCCCAGCUGGAGCAAAGAAUUGGAUGUAUAAAAUACCUUAUAUUCUGUUUCAACGCGGUGACCUGGAUAUUUGGGGCCAGCUUGUUUGGACUGUCGCUUUGGAUGCGACUUGAGCCAGGGUUCGAGGAGUGGGUCGGUUUCCUGGGAAUGUGGCAAUUCUACAUUGGUAUUUACAUCUUGAUCGCAGCCUCCGUCAUUGUCAUGAUAAUAUCUUUCGUUGGGUGUGGUGCAGCUCUCAUGGAGCUCGUAGUCGGCCUUUACGCAUACAUUGGGCUACAAAUCCUGAGCUUUGUAUGCGGUUUAGCCGGGGCUGCGGUGCUCCUCGAUUAUUCGACCUACGACAGUAGUAUUCAACCAAUUAUCUCCACGGCCAUGACAAAUCUGAUAUCCAACUCGCAAUACGAUGGAGCAGCGGUUAUUCUCCGGAUGAUACAGGAGAACAUUGGAUGCUGCGGAGCCACUGGUCCGAUGGAUUAUUUAACGAUGCUGAAGCCACUGCCUACAGAAUGUCGGGACACAGUAACAGGGAAUGCAUUUUUCCACGGCUGUGUCGAUGAGCUUACUUGGUUUUUGGAGGCGAGAUCUGGAUGGAUCGCUGGUCUCGCAUUAUCUCUUUGCAUGCUUCACGUUAUUUUGGCAGUUCUCGCGUUGAUCUUGAUCCAAGCAAUCAAGAAGGAGGAAGAAAUUGCGUACAAACAAUAAUAAUACCAAUCAUUUCAAUUUUAUUCACAAUACACAUUGAGCUUCAUUGAAGUAAUUUAUGUAAAUUUAGAAAAUCACAAAAUUC